AUCCAGUAGUUCCUCUUGCGUUACGUCGGCUUCUGCACGAGGCAGUUCACGAUGUUCAAGUGCUAAUGCUGGAUUUAAUCGUGAUGGUAUUGCAAAGUCUAUUACAAUAUGUUAAAAGGUCCCAUCGGUUGUUUCUUUUUACCAAUGGGUGGAUUAAGCGAAUUGGGCCGGCUGAUGGAACGACGUAUUACAAUUUAUAAUAAAGGACCACUAGAGGCGUUUGCUUCGGUUAAAGUGGACACGAUUGGUUUACUUAUUUCAAGCCUUAGCGAUACAUUCGAAAUACAUCCAGAGAAGUUAAUCAUUGCGGCAGGCAACACAGUCCAAGUACGCAUAAUCUUUCGCCCAAAGCGUGAACUCAUCAGAAAAAUCAUGAAGAAAACCAGUAUAGACAGUGUGAUGGCCUUAACCAGUUUGCGUGUAAUUAAUGGAGCGAAGGCAAGCCGCCCAAGGUUUCUACGUCUAUUUGAACGAAUGACCCAAGAGGAACGUUCCACCAUAGCGCUUCACACUAUGGAAAUGUUUUCCCCGUUUCUUCGAGAAGUCGCUAGAUAUGAACUUAAGAUGUUGCAUGAUCAUCCCGAUUCCUUUGUGAAUAUGUUUUGCGGCUUUCGAGUGAUCGAAAUGCAAGGCACUGUAAACUAUGAUCUUAUGAAUGACACUUUGAAAACAAAUUCAACGGUUCUUUCGGAAGCCGAUCAUACGACUGUUUUUCGAUCAAUUUAUUUGGUUGACAAUCCCGUCUCUUCCUCUACAAUAGAAGAAACUAAUUUGUGCCACAAAAGUGCUGAAAAGGACCAAGAUCGGUUUGAAAAAUUAACUGGCAAAGAAUCAUGGUAGGUUACUCCAAGGUUGGUUGAAUUAGAUUUGUCACGCGUAAGGUGUGUUGGUUCAAUAAUUAUGCGUAAUGGUUUCAAAUCACGCCAAUAUUACGAAGUGAUCUGCAGUCAUCGCAAUUUUUUACAAAUGAAGUCCACAGAUGGCUACAUAGAGCCGAACGGAGGCCGCGUAAAAGUCACAGUUAUGCCUAUCAAUGGCCUUCAAACCUUCAAAAACUUAUAGUGGUUUGCAUGGAAAAUGAUCUCAUUACAGUGCCAGUAAAAUUGUUCAAAUUUCAUUGUUUUACGUUUUGAAAAAUACA